GCGAUGCAGUCAGGUGCUUCGAUGACGUCAACCGCGCGAAAAUAUCAAGCUCCCGCCAGUCCAAAACCGAAAGAGAGCAGAAAAUUUACUCACGUUCUCCUAAACUAGUAUCCCCAUUGCAGUAAGUAACUAACUACAACAACACCAGUCCAUCAUGCCCUCCGAGUCACCAAACAGCAAGAAGCCACUAGUCGAUGUGCCAUCCCAGGCCAGUAUGCAGCCUUUGAUGAAGUCUGACGUCAGCGUCAAUAUACCUGAGGGCUACGCGAGUGAGGGCUACCUGGGCUCGAAAGCCACAGUGGUGUCCUCUCUGGACGGCUCAAACGAUGAGCUCAAGGUGGUCAUAGACAAUGGUCCAGUGAAAGGUGGCUUUGACAGUGACGACAGUGGCUCUGCAGAAUCUGAUGAUGUCAUCAGUAAUUGUGCUCGUCUGGAGGCCGUACAGGGGGCGGUAGAUACUUUCUUGGAAGAGCACAAGAGAACAUUGGAAAUAAUUGCCCUAGUACUCCUCUUGAUUGGAUACGCCAUCUAUUUUGUCUGGGCCUUGGUCCUAGACUUUGAACGGGCAACAGCAUUAUUCGUAAUCACAUUACUGGUGGUGAUCAGUGUAGCUUAUGCACUGAUAAAGAAACAGAUUGGUGGAUGGAUGAAUACACGUAUUUUUAAGCCAGUGCAGAAGUUUGGCAAUUCAAACAGGAGAGUUUUAAAAUGGGUUUCAGCUGCUGUCUUGUUGGCAUGUUUCAUUACAUUUGUCAUAGUAGACAUUAAACCUGCUCCAAAACAGUUCAUAUCACUGGGAGGUUUGGCUCUGUUUGUGCUCCUGAUGUUUGUAUUUUCAAAACAUCCAUCAAAGGUUGACCUGCGUCCAGUGGUGUGGGGAUUUGCCCUCCAGUUCCUGUUUGGUAUUCUCAUCCUGCGGACCACGUGGGGUUAUGAUGCCUUCAGAUUCCUCGGGAAAGAAAUCAACCAGUUUCUGAAAUACACAGAUUACGGCUCAGAGUUUGUCUUUGGAAAACUUUACGAGAAUCACUUCUUCGCUUUCAAGGUCCUUCCAGUGAUUGUGUUCUUUAGUUGUGCCAUAUCAGCACUGUACCAUGUGGGUGCCAUGCAGUUUAUCAUUGGGAAGAUCGCCUGGGUGAUGCAGGUUACCAUGGCAACUGCUGCCACGGAGUCGCUAAGUUGUGCUGGGAAUAUAUUUGUUGGGCAGACUGAGGCCCCUAUUCUAAUCCGUCCCUUCCUGGAGUCCAUGACUAAGUCUGAGCUGCAUGCUGUCAUGACAGGAGGAUUUGCCACCAUUGCUGGGGGAGUGCUAGCUGCUUAUAUACUGUUUGGGGUCCCAGCUGAACACCUGCUGUGUGCCUCUGUAAUGAAUGCCCCAGUGGCGCUUGCCGUCUCCAAACUCUUCUAUCCAGAGACUGAGGAGUCCAAAACCAAGAAAUUUGAUCAGAUAGUAAUGGAGAAAGGAACUGAGAGAAACCUAAUAGAAGCAGCAGCAGCAGGGGCAUCUCAGUCUAUCAUGCUGGUGGCCAACAUUGCAGCCAAUCUCAUCGCUUUCCUCGCCAUGUUGGCCUUCAUCAAUGCCACAUUGUCAUGGUUUGGAGGCAUGGUGGGAUAUCCGGAGUUCAGCUUCCAGAUGAUCUGUUCCUACCUGUUCAUGCCUGUGGCAUUCAUGAUGGGAGUGGACUGGGAAGAUUGCUCCUUUGUUGCUGAACUUCUGGGCAUUAAGAUCUUCCUUAAUGAGUUUGUUGCCUAUGAAGAACUCAGCAAGUACAUCCACAACAGAGAGAACUGUACAUUCCCUCAAAUUUCUGUACGUUCAGAAGUCAUUGCCACAUAUGCUCUCUGUGGGUUUGCUAACCUCAGCUCCAUUGGUAUACAGCUGGGCGGGAUAGGCCCCAUGGCGCCCUCUAGGAAAGGGGACCUGGCCAAGAUAGCUGUGAGAGCGCUGAUUGCUGGAACAGUGGCCACUCUGAUGACUGCUUGUAUAGCUGGCUUUCUGACUCCAGUGGAUGUCAGUAACGUGUGUCUCAAUGGCACCCUGGCUGCAAACUUCAGCAGUAUAGCUAACAGCACCGUCAACGUUACAAUUGUGACUUUAUAGUGUGGAAACUAGGACACUUUAUCAGCAACAACACUGUCAUUGUGCAGCAGUAGCAUUACCAGACAGUGGAACACAGUGACAGUAAUGGUACUGUUAUUGUGUAGUGGUUUCAUUAUGGAAUAAUGGAACAUUAGUAGUGAAAGUGCAGCCAGUAGUUACCAUGGUAGCAGAAAAAGAAACAAAGCCCAGUGAGACAUUUUUGACAGUACUGUCAGUGUCCAAUAGUGACAGUACUAUGACAUGACAGUGGCACAUUUUUGAAGGGACUUCACUGUCAGUGACUUUUAGAACAGUGGGAAGCAUUGACAAAAGGGGCCAUUGUGGACAGUACCCUUCAUCAGUUUAUGACAUGUUUAGAGUUUGCUGCUCAUAUUCAGAGACCUUUCCACUGUAUAAAAUAUGUACUGCACAUAUAGACCUCCUCAGGCUAGCAUGGACUUUGUUAUCAGUGACUCAUAAGAGAAACUGUGGGGAAGUCACAAAUUACAGUGUGUGGGGAUGGCCAGGUAUAAGUGCUUCUACUCUACAGACCGCCAUUGGGAUUUAAUAAAGAAAAUGGAUGCUGUAGGAGUGCACAUUUCAUGAAGCCUUAAAAAUUGAAUAUUACUAUAAUGGUCUCCCCCAUACAGUGUAGUUAUAGGGAAGUGGUGGUCAGUGCUUUGCCUAUUCCUUUCAGAGAUGACCACCAAUACAAUAUAGUAACAGGACUUCUGAAGCACUAAUUUUUGGUUGAAUGAUUCUGUGCUCCUGGGAUCAAAAGAAAGUCCAUUACAGUGCAUAGCCCUAUCGUUACUUGUGAAAUAUUUAUUAUUAUGUACACACUCACGGUCUCCUAUGUGUGGCCGCAAUAAUUAUUCCUCAUGGUUCAGUUAGUUUGCACUUGGUCCUUUGCCUGGAAGGUAGUAGAUAUUGUGUCCACUAUUUUUGUGUCAGGCGAUCAGUGAGGCGUUUUUGGUCAGUUUGACCUAAAUAGAUCAUGAGCAUGGAAAAAAAAUAGACAACAUGUUAUUUCUUUCUUUAUUUGUUAUUUAUUUAUUUAUCAAUUUAUUUAUUUAGUUAUUUAUUUAUUAUGUGACUUGAUUGUAGGGUAGAUGCACCAUAACCUAAAAAUGCCAUGUUUGAGAAGAAAAUGAAUUCAACAAAAUGAAGUUUUAUAAUGCUUCAUGCCAAGAAUGAAAUUAUAAAGACAAGAAAUUUGCUGAAGAUGUGAUGGUCAAUGGGGAUGGAAUUUAAGGGCUAGAAAACUUCAACAAAAACUAAAUAUAAUUGUUUUUGUACUUACAGUACUAGCCAGUCUUACAAUUAUUACCAUUAUGUAAUUAGCAUGCUAUUUCGUAUUGAGCAUGUCUUUCUGGGAUACCAGUUUCCAGAAAGAUUCCUAGUUAGGAGAGAGAUCUCAGAUGUGGACUCUGACAGUGGGGAAGUAUUUUAUAACAAAUGUCAACUGAAAUAUUUUUCAAAGAGCAUUUAUACAUAAGAUGCUUGUUUACUGGCACAAAUAGCUAUUCACUUGAGUCAUAUUUUAUAUUGCUACAAAAAUAAGAAUUAUAGGCAAAGAACAAAUUCCUAAAGACAAUAAGAAGGUGGCAGUAUCAACCUCUUGCAUGCCUGUCUAUUAUAUGGAAGAUAUUUAUUCUAUAUAUUUAUUACUAUGUUUAAAAAAAUCAAUGCAAAUGUAUGGGGGUAGAAUUUAGAGUAGAUACCCUUGUCUAUAUACAUGUUUGUAUACUCUGUAGAAUUUUUAUACAGUCAAUUUUAGAUAUUGAAAAACCUGUUUUGCAGCUAUAUUUAUGAUUGUUUUGCUGUGUAUACUCUUGACUAGUCUUUCUCAUAUAUGUUAUUGCCAUAACUCUUAAUUCCCACACUGUAUGCUCUUUUAUUCACCAAAACCUGAGCAAAUUCAGAAUGGCGCCAGGUCACCUGACAUUAUUGACCUUAAAAUGACCUUUGACAUUUGUCACAGUAGUGGUUCAAGGCAAAUUUUCUUUAGAUAGAUAAGGAAAGGAGAGAGUUUAAGUACGUCUUUUUGCGCUCCUAGCCAAAAGUUAAGUUUUGUUUGUUUGUUACUUUAUACAUCCAUCUCUCUAUAUUUAUACAGGGUGACCCAGAAAUAUUCUGGAGGGAUUACGGUAUACCCAUUGUUAUAUUAGAAUCCGAAGUAUUGUUUUGCCCCAGUAUAACUGCAUUUAUUUUCAUAUAUGUGCCUGUGUAUUAAUUUGCACAUUUACUUUUUUUUUUU